ACUGGUAGACACGCAUAGAUCGGCGUUCGACUGUUCUGCGGAGUAAAAGCCGUUCCGGCAGAGGUAAUAAGUUUCUAAACGGAUUCACGUCUUUGCGAUUCGGUAAAAGACAGUGAGCGAGUCUCUCGACAAUAUUUCCUAGUGUCCUCGUGUGUGAGUUAGUGAUUGAGUGAUAUACGCUCAUUCGGAGAGGAGACAGCGAGGAAAGAAAAGUCCCCAAGCAACGCGGUGAGCACUCGCAAAGCUAACGUCAUGACGUCGCAGGAGGCGGUAAAAAAAAUGGUCAAAUCUUGUAUUGUCUCGCGCAAGGGCGGCGUACCUUUUCCUGAAAUCGAGGAUGAUUACAGGGCCUUAGUAGGCGAAAGUAUACCGUAUGCCCAACUGGGUUACACAAGUCUUCAGAGUUUUGUAAAAAGCAUCGACUUCGUUGACGUGAGAACUAAUCAUUUCGGUGACUCGGUGCUUUUCGUGUCUGAUCCAAAAGUCGCCCAUAUCGACAGUCUUGUGAGAAAGCAGAAAAAUCCAUCCAACCAGAGGAAGAGAAACCGAAGGCCGAAAAAACUUGCAGCAACUACUCCCCGGUCGGAAAGAUUUACCAGAAACACGAAGAUCGCGUAUACUAAGUCGAAAUGGUACACCUCCUCAAGCAGGACGAAAAAGAACUACUGGGUAGAAAAAAAUAACGAACGUAGAGACAUGGAUCGGUUUAAUAACUUCAACACUGGACGGACGGGGAUCCAAAAUUGUAGUAGUAGCCCAAAUUUUCACAGCUACAACGAUCGUUCAUGGAGCACAAAAGCCCCGGCAUCUUUGAGCAGCAUCGACGACAACAUGUACAACUACAACUCAGAAUGUGAAAAAAGAUAUGCCGAGGGCUAUCGAAGCUGGAGAUUCAAUAUUCGCGUCGCCGACAACAAAGAUGCAGAGGAAGUUAUGUUAGAGCCGUUGGUUAACGGGCACCAGUUAAUCGGUGAUGAUUUUUUUCUGCAACUGGCGAUAAAAAAUUUUGGGGCACAACCUUGGAAGCCAGAAGCCAGAGCCGGAAUUGAGUGCGGAUUAUGCAUUUCUGGUCAAACGAUCGAUGAUUGUCGUCGAAGACUGGAGAAAACCCAGUUCUUAUCUGGCAAAAUAACGAUUUUGCUCGGUGCCGUUGACGUAUUUCGAGGUCACAGCUUGGAGAAAAUGGUGAGGGACAUGAAGAACUUGCUAGAUGUUUGCAGGGACAGAUUUAAUUUGACUGAGGUUACGCUCUGCACUAUUCCGCCAUUGGCUAAUUACUCCGUAAGAUGUAACCUUAGCAAGUUAUCCGUACUUUACUCAUUCAACAACUGGAUCAAAUUGCACAGCCAAUACAGUCCCGACGACUCGUACAUUCAUCACUAUAACGUGAUCGAUGUCUUCUCCAAAUUUACCGACGGAAAUAACCGCACCCUUUACGACUACUUUCAAAUAGACGCGAGAAUGGUAUCCGGAUGUCGGUAUCCUCACGUUUUAUGGAAUGCAAAAGGACGCCGCCUGGCGAUCUCAAUGCUUGAGAAGCAGUGAGUUCAAUGUGUUUUUUUUAGUAAAUGUGGCUUUCCGGGCUGCAGAAUAGUUUCUACAUCUGGCGUCUUGCACCUUAGCGUAGUUUCGAGAUUUUAAUAUCCAUUUGUAUGCUCAUAGAAGUAUUAAUACACUCAUCAAGCGUUGGUGAGUCACAGGGAGAGAAAGUUUUUGACCGCUUUAUGUCAUGGUCAUUGUUAUUUUGAAGUGGUUUAAUUAACGUGAGUGGUUGUAAAGGAUUAUUUAUUCCAAUUAAAAGAUCAAAUUUGUUGCCCCAGCAUCUUAUUACUUUUCACCUGAAGAGCUGCUGUGUCUAAAUGCAUGGAAGGAGAAAUUAAAAAUCUGAUUUACACCUUUUUUGUCUUUGUACAUUCGUACGGUACUAAAGUCAAAAGUGAUAAAAAUUGAUUUUUACGUUCGUACAAGUUCGCGCCUGGAUAUCCAUCGAGUUUAUGAAAUUGAUUAACUUUGUGGAACGCUACUAAUUAGUUUCAUACUUUUCUCAUCCAAGAAUUUUAAUAAUUUGUACCAAAUAAUGCAAGUUAAUUGGAAACAUUCCCUCCCCACUACGUAGGCGUUAUGUAUGUAUCUCCAUGUGGGAGGUAGUACGGUUUUGUGGUAAUUAUUCCAGACUUUCUGCAGGGCAACGUUUCCGCUAAACGAAAUGUUCGUAAUGAAUUCAGAAUAAACCGAAUCCAAAUUUCACUGCUCACAUUAGAUCAUGGGUGUAACAUCGAAAAAUAUUGAAUUCCGUAAAAAGAAAAAUA